AUGAGGUCGCUGCCGCUGCUGCUGCUGCUGCUGCUUGGAGCGGUCCUCCUCGUGGCCACCACGCUCCCGGAGGGGGCGGCGGCCAAGUUGACGGAGGCAAACCCGCGGGGCGUGGUGAUCCAGCAGGUGGGGCGGUUCGCGGUGAUCGUGUACGACCUGGCGCACAGCGCGGGCCUGACGUACGUGGGGGUGGUGCGCGGCGAGACGGAGGAGGCGGUGGGCGGCGGCAACAUCUACCGCCUGGUGGUGGCGGCGGCGAAGCCCGACGGGAGCAGGGCGCAGUACGAGUGCCUGGUGUGGGGCGUGCCGGGGUCCAGCCUCAGCACCUGGAAGCUCCGCAGGUUCAGGAAGAUCGCAAUAGUAUAG